AUGAGUAACACUCUGCAAUUCUAUGGGUUGCCUCAUGAGAAUCCAAACACACAUAUCUCCAGAUUUCUCAAAAAUUGCCAAAAUUGUCAUGCUCCCAGAGUUAAUGAGGAUGCCAUCAAACUACGAUUAUUUCCAUAUACACUGAGAGAUGCAACAUUGGAAUGGUUGGAUUCUAAACCGGAUGGAAGCGGAUCGAUCAUAGGGAAAUCAGUGCAACAAUGUAUGGAUCUGUUUGAAUUGAUUGCUACUACUCAUUCUAUGUUUUCAUCAGAAAGAGUGGUGCCUCCAAAAGUAGCGGGAAUUUAUGAAUUGGACAGCAUAGCAUCUACCAACGCCCAAAUAGCAGCAUUGACAAAACAAGUAGAGUUAUUGGUCAAGUCACAAACAAAAAGAGCACAUGCAGUGAUAACUGGCCCAUCCUACGAAAACUGCAGGGCAAAUCACCUAAUAGAGAAUUGCAAUCUAUGGGCUUUCCGAAGGAACAAAUGGUUGGAUAAUCAGAAAGGGAAUAGUUCAAACAAUGCACAACAGGAGAAAAAAUCAAGUUUAGGGGAGAUGUUCAACCAGUACAUGCAGAAGACAGACAAGCUUGCAGAACGCCCACAAGGGAUAUUGCCAAGCAACACAUUGGUUAACCCAAAAGAGCAAGUGCAAGCUAUUACAACUAGAAAUGGGGUGCAACUUCUAGAGAUACAUGUGAAGAGACCAAACAGAAAAGAUAAAGAAGUAAUGAGUGAAGAGAUUGGGACAGAAGCAGAAUCUGAACAACCAACUAACGAGGAGGAUAAAAGAAAAGAAGCACUCACAGUGAAGGCACCUAGCCCCAGAAAGAAGUUGGACAAGCAGUUUGCCAAGUUUGGGGAGAUUUUCAAGAAACUGCACAUCAAUAUUCCGUUUACAGAUGCAAUUGCCCAAAUGCCUAGUUAUGCUAAAUUCUUGAAGGGGAUCCUAUCUAACAAAAGGAAGUUGGAAGAAUAUGAGGCAGUCUGCCAAAAUGAGGAAUGCAGUGCAAUUCUAUUGAAAAAGCUACCUCCUAAACUAAAAGACCUAGGGAAUUUCACAAUACCUUGCACGACUGGCUCUAAUUAUUUUGAACAUUCUUUAUGUGAUUUGGGUUCCAGUGUUAACCUUAUGCCUCUCUCUAUUUAUAAGUCUCUUGAAUUAGGAGAAAUAAAAUAUACAACCAUCUCUUUACAACUAACUGACAGAUCGAUCAAACGAUCGAAGGAGAUUAUUGAAGAUGUGCUAGUCAAAGUUGACAAAUUUAUUUUUCCGGCUGACUUCAUUAUUUUGGAUAUGGAAGAGGACUUAAACAUUCCUCUAAUCUUGGGAAGACCCUUCUUGGCUACUGGAAGAGCACUGAUUGAUGUUUAUGAUGGAAAGAUGAUUCUUCGGGUGGACAAUGAGCAAGUUAUAUUCAACGUGUUCAAGGUAAUAAAACAUCCAUUGACUUUCAACACUUGUUGCCAAAUAGAUGUUCUUGAAAAGCUUGUGGCAAAUACAUUUGAGACAGAGCAUCACACAAAUCUUUGCGAGGCAAAACUUGCACAACCAGAAGCAACAAAUGCAGGAAAAGCUGAAUUGGAAAAGACACUCACUCUUGAACUAAAGCCCUUGCCUUCACAUCUCCAUUAUGCAUAUUCAGGAGACUCCACAACACUUCCAGUAAUCAUCGCGAAUGAUAUGACAAGAGAAGAGGAGAAUAAAUUGUUGGAGAUACUCAAGUAG